CGAAAAACAAAAACCCGCAGCGGCGUAGCCUCCAAAGAGAAAAGAUUCAUCGCUUCGUUUCCUUUUCCAUUCUCUCUCCCAAAUCGCAGAAAAAGGGUUUGGCAGAGGCUUAGGCAGCGGCAAUGGCGGGUCUUGAACCUCCAGUAGCGGUGGCACAAACCGAUGCGAAGAGCAAAGUCGAGGAGAAAGUGGAUUACACGAACCUCAGUUGCCCUAUUCCAUAUGAAGAAAUCCACCGAGAAGCUCUCAUGUCUUUAAAGCCUGAACUUUUUGAGGGUUUACGCUUCGACUUUACCAAGGGAUUGAAUUCAAAGUUUUCUCUUAGUCACAGUGUAUUGAUGGGGCCAACAGAAGUUCCUUCUCAGUCUUCUGAAACAAUCAAAAUCCCAACAGCACAUUAUGAAUUCGGUGCGAAUUUCAUUGACCCAAAGUUGAUGCUUAUCGGAAGGGUCAUGACGGAUGGUCGACUAAAUGCGAGAGUGAAGUGUGAUUUAACUGACAAGCUGACCAUGAAAGCUAAUGCUCAGCUCACAAAUGAACCGCAUAUGUCACAUGCAAUGUUCAACUUCGAUUACAUGGGGUCUGACUACAGGACCCAGUUUCAACUUGGAAAUGGAGCCUUAUUUGGAGCUAGCUAUAUCCAGAGUGUGACACCCUCCUUAGCUUUGGGUGGUGAGGUUUUUUGGGCUGGCCAACAUAGAAAGUCUGGCAUCGGUUAUGCUGCUAGAUAUGAGACAGAUAAGAUGGUCACCACUGGUCAAGUUGCUAGCACUGGUAUGGUUGCCCUGAGCUAUGUUCAGAAGGUCUCAGAGAAGGUUUCGCUAGCGACGGAUUUCAUGUACAAUUAUAUGUCGAGAGACGUUACAGCUAGUGUGGGCUAUGACUACAUUCUCCGACAGUGUCGGUUGAGGGGGAAAAUGGAUUCCAACGGUGUUGCAGCCGCUUACCUCGAAGAACGAUUGAAUAUGGGACUCAAUUUCAUUCUAUCUGCAGAGCUCGAUCACAAGAAGAAGGACUACAAGUUCGGAUUCGGGUUGACAGUCGGGUGACUUGACAACCUCUAAAAAAAGGCGUAAUAAUUUGUUUGGAAGUGCUCGAGAUCCCGAGAAAGAGAAAUUUUAUGUUAGAUUUUAAAUUGAUUCUCUUCUUCAAUUGUAGCUAUGUACUCUCUUUCGGUGAAACAUUGUUUUAGCCGUUGGAUUCGGUUAAAAUUUUUCCUCAUUUCCCUAAGAAUUCGAGUUUUAGGAUUUCUCAGAGCUGUUGAAGGUAUAAAAACAAACAAAUAUUUGCGGCUUAA